GCGUCAUUAGUGCCGUCAAUUCGGGCUACGAAAUGGGUUGCGACAGACUCGGGGCACAGAUCGCUGGGGCCGUGGUGAUGUCGCAGACCGCGGGCAUGUACGGCAUCAUCGUCAGCUUCGCUGGGAUGCUGCUGGCUGAGUCGCAGUCGGGCGGUUCUGCCGCUCAGAUGACGAUUGGCGAGGCCACGCUGAUCGCUUCCAUUUCUCACCUGGGUCGCGUCAUAGGCUCUAUCCUGUCGGCACCGCUGACGGACCGGCUGGGCGUGCUGCGGGUGCUGCAGCUGAGCGCACCGCUCAGCCUGGCCUCGUGGCCCCUGAUAACGCUCGGCAGCCGGGACAUGAUGCUGGCCGGCACCAUCUCUGCCGGCGUCGUGAUCGGCCUCACCGCGUCCGUGUGCAGACUCUAUAUUGCCGAGGUGUCAUCAGCGCGAGCUCGCGGGGUGCUCUGCAACCUGCCUGGCAUGGCGAUCGCACUUGGCCUCCUGAUCAACUUCAGCCUGAGUGACCUGCUGCCAUGGCGCUAUGCUACCUUGCUGUGCGGCUGCGUACCACUCGUCACACAACUUAUUGGAACAAUUCUCCUGCCCAAUUCGCCCAGAUGGUUGACGCACCGUGGUGCUGGUGACGAGGUGGUGAGCAAAGCCAUUACGUUCUUCCACGGGAAGAAAGUCGACAUCGCCUGGGAAGUCAAAGAGAUCCAAAAAUCUCUGAAAGGAAGACCACUUUAA